ACAGAAAGAAAGUAGGAAGUUCUACCACAUGAGCCUUGCAAAUCAGCUUGUUCUGCCUUGUUUCAUGUUUGCUGUAAUCAUAUUUCCCCUUUAAGACUUGGCUGAGGUUAUUUAUGCUUUUUUUUUUAAGGGGUGGCGACAGGAACUGAGAAAAACAACCACAGAUCUUACCUGACUAGCACAAGGAAAAAGAUAGUGUCAGAGGCUAGAAGGAGCAAGAGAGUUAAGAAGCUAGAAAGUUUGCAAAAAAAAAAAAGUAAAGAAGCACCCAGAAAAAGUUGAGUAAAGCUCAUUAGUGGAAGGGGAAACCAUGAGAAGGAAGUAGAAUAGGGAGGAGAGGCAUAAAGACACAAAGAGAGGAUAGGUGGGGAAGAAAAAGGAGGUCAAACUAGAAGAUGACAAGGAAGUGACAAGAAGAAGCCUGCAGUGAAGGCGGAGAGGGAGAGAGCAACGGAUGGCAGCAAGUGCAGCUGGCUUGUAUUGAGGAGGUACUGAGCCUCUGGCUUGUUUUCCUGUCUUGGUAAUACUAUUUCAGCUUGGCCCACAGGAUGAUGAAGAGGCAGUUUAACCGGAUGCGGCAACAGCUCAGUUACCCCAGCAUCACUGGACGAGCCCAAGAAACAGCAGAUUACUUGACUGAAGACUUGCUCCAGACUGAACAGAGAAUUGAACCAGUCAAACGAGCAGCACACAAUGUGCACAAGAGGCUUGUGGCUUGUCUCCAGGGACAAUAUGGGGCAGAACUGGACAAACGGGUGAAAAGGUUACCUUUGAUGGCAUUAUCGGUUGCUAUGGCUGAAAGUUUUAAGGAGUUAGACAUGAAUUCCAGUCUUGGGAAAGCUCUAGAAAUGAGUUGCUGUAUUGAAAGCACCCUGGCCAGGAUCCUUGCAGAGUUUGAAAUUACUCUCGAACAAGAAGUCCUACAACCCCUGAAUAAACUGAGUGAGGAGGAGCUGCCUAUCAUCCUGAAACACAAAAAGAACCUUCAGAAACUUAUUUUGGAUUGGAACAUCAUCAAGAGCCGUUUAAACCAAGUUGCCAAGAAUUCCAGUAACAGUGUCAGUGCUGUCACAACUUCAGGAGCCUCCUCAGCUGCCUUAAAGUUGGAGAAUCUGAAGGAGGAGGAAGAGGAGAUGAAGAGGAGGGUUGAGCAGAGUAAGGAUGAAUAUAUGGCUGAUUUAUAUCAUUUUUCAACCAAGGAAGACAGCUAUGCUAAAUACUUUAUCAAAUUGUUGGAAAUCCAGGCAGAGUAUCACCAGAAGUCUCUGGAAUCUCUAAAUUCUACGUUGGCAGAGCUAAUGAGUUCUCAAAACCAGUCAGAUGCCCCUUUUCCAUUAGAUGCAGCUGUACCAGGGGUGUAUGGAAUGCCAUUAGAAACUCACCUAAAGGCUUCUGGGCGAGAGAUUGCACUUCCCAUUGAAGCCUGUGUUAUGAUGCUGUUGAGCACAGGUAUGCGGGAAGAGGGGCUCUUCCGGCUGGCAGCUGGAGCUUCUGUGCUGAAGAAACUAAAAUACUGUCUUGACAGCGGCUCAAAUAUUCCGGAUGAAUUCUACAUAGACCCUCAUGCUGUGGCAGGUGCACUAAAAUGUUACUUACGAGAAUUGCCACAGCCAUUGAUGACCUCUGAACUCUAUGAUGAUUGGCUGAAAGCUGCCAGUGCCAAAGAGCCAGACAUUCGACUAGAGGGCCUCAAGGAUGUUUGUAAUCUUCUUCCCAAGGACAACUACAACAAUCUGAGGUAUCUGAUUCGUUUUUUAGCCAUGCUGGCUGAACAACAAGAAGUGAAUAAAAUGUCCCCAAGCAACAUUGCCAUUGUCCUAGGACCCAACCUACUGUGGCCCCAGCAGAAUGAAAGGUCUCAAGUGCAGCUAGACAUAGCUUCUGCAUCCUCCAUCCAAGUUGUGGGAGUUGUGGAACCUCUCAUACAAAAUGCUGAGAUCCUCUUUCCAGGAGAUAUUAACUUCAAUGUCUCCAGUCUGUUCACUCCUCCAUUAGACAUCAAAAAUCAAAACAUCCUCACAAUAGAAGAACCUUCAGCAGUGUUUCUGCCUUCUGAAUCUAAUUCCCCUAUGCCUGAAGAAAGGAAAAAAUCUGAAGUUAUUCCAGAAACAGUGUCCUCAAAAGUGACCCAGUCUUCUACUGAAACAACAAUCUGCCCACCUACCUCUCCUGCUGAUGAGACCUCACGAAAAACAAAGCGGGUGGCUCCACCUAGACCUACCAUGCCUCCACCCCAUCCUCAAACCACACCGCUUGUUCACCUUCACAUGCCCCCUCCUUCUCCAGAGUCUGUCUCCAUCCCUAAAGCCUUGCCUCGAAGAACAGUAGGGGGACCAGCACGAGCUCCAGUUGUGCCUCCCCCACUUCCUCCCCAGCCAGCCAGAAGGCAGAGUCACAAAGCUCCGCCAUCACCUAGGGCUCCUUUAGAAGCCAUGAACAAUAAGGCAGCUGCAGCUGAAGAGGAUUCUACUAAUGACUGCAGUAGAGAAACUCCCAAAGAUUCCAUCCAUACAAAGAAAGAAGCCAAUGAAGAAAAAAUCAGCUCUCCAUCUGCUGCUGCUCAGAAAGUAGAAACUCUGGAGAAUGUUCAUCUGGCAUUUACCCUCAACCAGCUUCUUGAAUACAGUUUGCCAACAGGGGGCUUUCUAAAGGUAGCAAGAAUAGCUUCCAUGGAAGAAAAUGGAAUCAGUAUUUUGCAGUACUUGAACAGCUCCUGUGAUUGGACGACGACUCUCAGAUCUUCCCUGUUUCGUUCUAACCGGGUCGAGCCCCCGGCUCUUCAGGCAUCUGAUUGGUACUGUUUCCUUAGUCCGUCAAGGGAACGACGCGCUUCUGAUUGGCUGCGUCGCCGCGAGGAGGACGGGGGGCGGGGCGGCGAGUGCGGUUCCAGCAUGGCGGGCUGCAUGCGGCUGAGCGGCGCUUGUCUGCGCGAGGUGCUGGGCGAGGCGCAGGGGCUGCUCUUCGACUGCGACGGGGUCCUGUGGACCGGCGAGCGGGCGGUUCCGGGCGCGCCGGAGCUGCUGGAGCGCCUGAACCUGAACGGGAAGACCACCCUGUUUGUAUCCAACAACAGCCGCCGCUCAGUGGCCGAGCUGGAGCGUCGCUUCUCCCGCCUUGGCUUCCGCGGCGUCCGCGGCGAGCAGGUGUUCAGCUCCGCUCUCUGCUCCGCGCUCUACCUCCGCCAGCACCUUCUGGGCGGGGAAGCUGGCGCCGGCGACUCGACCCCGGGCCGCGUCUGUGUGCUGGGCGGGGAAGGGCUGCGCGGGGAGCUGCGCGACGCGGGGCUGCGGCUGACCGGAGGAGAAGAAGAAGGGGACGGCGACGGAGAGGCCCUCCCGGUGCGCGCUGUCGUCGUCGGCUACGACGACCAGUUCACCUUCGCUAAGCUCUCCGAGGCCUGCGCCUAUUUGCGCGACCCGCGGUGCCUGCUGGUAGCCACCGAUCCAGACCCUUGGCACCCGCUUAGCAGUGGGCAGCGCACCCCGGGGACAGGGAGUCUCACUGCUGCAGUUGAAACAGCAUCUGGUCGCAAAGCAACAGUAAUUGGAAAACCAAACACAUACAUGUUUGAAUGCAUUGUAGAGCGCUUUGGUGUAGAUCCAUCCCGCAUGCUUAUGGUGGGUGAUCGGCUGGAGACGGAUAUACUGUUUGGCAAGAACUGUGGCCUUGAUACUGUCUUGACCCUGACAGGUGUCUCAUAUUUAGAGGAGGCACAGGCUUACAUGGCCAGUGACAGCCCUUCAGCUAAGGACCUGGUGCCUCACUACUAUGUGGACAGUAUUGCAGACUUGAUACCAGGCCUCGAUGAAUAAGGGGGGAAGUGGGUGGGUAACAGUCCUGUUUCCAUUCCAGACUGCCAACCUUUCCUCCUCCUGUCUCCCCUCUUGAAUCUGAGCUCAUCACAUUCCAGUGUUUCUUCAAGAAUGAAGAGAGUGGAACUAAUUCCCCUUUCAUUCUUUAAGCUUAAUCGGUUUCAUUUUAGACACAAUAGGGGAGCAGGAAAUCUAAUGUGAAAAAAAUAGGUUGUUUACAGGCCAAACUAGUAUUUAUUACUAUUUUUCAUCACAGUAAUUAUUUAUUUAAGUUAUUUUUGUUUUAUUGUAGCCAAUAGUGGUCUCUUACUGUUGGCCUUUGCUUUACUUUGUAGCAUACUUUGAUGUGCUUGAUGUGCUUUUAUAGUGUUUGUCCUCAGGCUUAAAUAUAACCACUGCCAUUCCAUGCCUGUUUUAAAGUUCUCCAAGAACCUAUGCUGUGAAAAGGAAAUAUCAGAGACAUAUCCAGAAAAUAUGACAUUGUGCCUCCACAAAAUGGUCCUUUGAUUUUAUUCCUGUGGGUGUUUAUGUAGUUGAAGUUCAUUCAAACAAUUUAGGUUAUCCAGGAAUUGUAAGAACUAAGACCCACUUUUUUAACUGAAACUAAAUACAGGAGCCAUUCUGGUAGAAUUGAGUAAACUCCUCCACAGGAUUUGCUCCAAAGCGCUUUGUUUUGUGUAGGAAAGAAAAUGCCAGCAGUCAAAGGAACUCCGUAUCCAGAGUAUAUAUUAAUGAAUUCAAAUUUUAAUAUCCUUUUUCUGCCUUGAGUUUUAUCAAGUUAAAUGUUUCUUUAUCCAAUUUCAUUUUGGUAUAUGGAAUUGCUACUGCUGCAUCAAACUAAGUUGCAUACAAUAAUUUUUGUGCCGCAGUAUUCAGAACUGAGUCAUUUUAUCUUGGUAAUUCUUCUUGGUCAUAGCCUCCAGACAUUCUUAUCUAAGCGAAAGCAAGAACUUGAUAUUUUUUUCUUUUUUCUUUUUUUUUCUUAACUGGGCAAACUGAUAAAUUUCAUCAGUAAAUAUUUUAGCUCCUGUCUGUGCCUGAUACAAUAUACCACUGUUUUAGAGGAGGGAUGAAUGUGUGUUCUCCCUCCUGCCCUGCUAUGGUGUGCUUGAUUUGUGGGAUAAUGCUGGCAUGACCAGUGGUGUCUGUGUGCCACGGUAUCCCCAAAUCAGUCCUUGCUAUUCUUCUAAUGGUUUAUUAUGUAUUUAUUAAUGUGUUUGUAUAAAUUAUGCUAAUCAAUUGUGCCAAAGUGGAAUGUUGCCUCUAAGCCUACUCACUAACUGUAUCUCCAUGAUGUUGUGCUUUUUCUGACACUUGCUGUCAUUCUGUAUAUAAUAAAUUGCAGGCACCAGAUGGAA